AUGCGGGCGACGACGGGAGACAAGACAGAGCAGUCUGGAAAGGCUGCUAAAAGAGCAUCUCGCAAAGGAAAAGCCCGCGAGGAGCCGCUACCACGGCAAGAAUCAAAACUGCAGGGAGCCACUGCCGCAGCCGCUGCAGAAAACGACGUGCAGCCAUGGACAUGGACUACACUCUCAAACCCACAGAACUCAAAGCAGCCUCCGGUUUUUUCAAAGGACGGGAGAUACUUCUUUGUUCCCGUUUCAUCUUCUGUAAAAAUCUACUCAUCGACUACGGGCAAGGUCCUGUCGACGUUGAAGAGCCACCCCCGGACCCUCAAUGGCCAGUCGGACAGGAUCACUUGCUUGAUGAUAAACCCCUUCAACUCUUUUCAAUUGAUCACUGGAUCUGAGGACGGUGUACUCUGCAUCUGGGAUUUUAUUACGCCAGCAUUGUUGCGCAUCCUUGAUGCAGGCUACCCUAUCACCCACCUCUGUGCACACGCCACCAUUGAUGAGCACCUCUUUGUCGCCUGUCGAAAGCUCAGUAAAAACGGGCGCGAGGAGAGCUCCAUCGUCAUGCGACUGUCACUUCGAAUCACUUCGUCCAUCAGUCCCACCGUACUGCAAAAGGCAAGCCAAACGAUUGUCAUCGGAAAAGCUCGUGCGGUGAUUGGAAUGGGAAUUUCAGCCUCGGGCAAGUGGCUCGUCGUCGCUGGAGAAUCAAAGCUCUAUGUAGCCUCAACUGCACAUCUCAAGGCUGGAUUCACCAAAUUCUCCUCGACAGAAAAGUUGACUUGCUUUGCUCUGCAUCCGACAGAAGACUGGCUGGCGACGGGAGACUCUUUGGGUCAAAUACGCUUUUGGUAUUGCCUAAAAGACGACAUGUCGAAUGAAAAGACUGCGGAUGAGGUCAGUACAGCUACGACUACGCUCCGAUGGCAUGCGCAUGCCGUGCAAGCUUUGGAGUUCACCCCGAAUGGUGCCUAUCUCUUGUCGGGAGGCGAAGAGGGUGUGCUUGUUAUCUGGCAGAUACAUACUGGGAAGAAGGAGUUUGUGCCACGAGUGGGCGCGCCGAUAAAAGCAAUUUCCAUCUACGACACUGGUGAUGGAACGCGAGAACAAGAGUAUCUCUUGAGCCUUGCAGACGGAACUCUCGCCUUUGUCAAGUCUAGUACGCUCAAGCUGGCUCGUUCCAUCGCACGCGUCAAACUAGAACCUCCACACCAAAGCCGCCAUUCGACGCAUAGUCCCCUUGCCAUACACGCGCGUUCCCGCAACAUCUUUUUGCUCUCCUCACACCCGUCCUCCAUACAAAUAUACUCCCCGUUAUCUUCGUCCUUGCUAGCAGAGCUCGAGGUUGCGCCGUCAAAUCGUGUCAGUAGACCAUACGCAGCACCGUUACAACCUCCACGAGUGGAGCUUAUCGCCGUGUCGGAAUGUGGAAAGUGGCUUGCGACGGUUGAUGUGCGAGAUGAAACAAGCGAGGGGUUUAGCAUCGAGAUCGCCCUCAAAGUCUGGUAUUGGGACGAAACAGAACGAAUAUGGGAUCUCAAUACCAAGAUUGAUCGACCGCAUGGGCCUAACAAGCUUACCAGCAUCGCAUUUAGCCCAUCCUCUAAAAUGCAAGAGCUCCUGCUUGCUACCACUGGAGAUGACCACAACGUGAAGACAUGGUGUUUGCGGGCAACGGGUCGAAAGGAAGAGGACUACGCUCAUUGGGUAUUGAGAUCCACGUUUUUGUACCGAAAUCAGCGUCCAACUCAAGCGACUUGGUCACCCGAUGCCACAGUCCUUGCUGUUGGAUUCGGACAAUUCGUAACGCUCUGGACCGUAAAGACCAACACACUCUUCAAAUCCUUCUCUUGCGCAGAGUUGAGCACUGUGUCGCGAUUGUCUUUUGCAGGGCGGGAUGGACGAUAUCUUUGUGUGGUGUCCAACAAAGCUCUUGCUGUUUUCAAUCUGCUUCGCGGCCAAGCCUCGUACGUAUACGAGUCCCCCGAGUCCAUUUCCGGGCUAUUUUCUUGGGUCGGAAGUGAUACGUUUGCAAUUUCGUCUGGCGAAUCGCAAUCAGACGCCACCAAAACCAGCUUUCUCAUCUUUAGCGUCACGUCUAAUCGACCGACUUCGCAAAGAACUGUUCCGCAUCUUUUGCGAGAGAUAGUAGCUUGGCAGCCGCAGCGACCUGAUAGCGAGUCUCCGUUGGGGUUCGUCUCCAUCACAAACUCUGGGAGUCUCCUAUUUAUUGGGGACAUUGAUUUCCAGAGGGAUGACGAGGCUGGAUCUAAACUGCUGGAAUCGGGAGAAGAAGAACGGCCCUCCAUUUUCCAGGACAUCUUUGGCAAGUCUGCUAUCGUCGAACAGCCAGCAUCGACCACGAGGAGUGCGCCUGAACGGGUGGCUUCGCUCGACCAGUCCGUCGAUUGGGCUCUCCUCGACGGUCCUUCUCAUCUUCUCCCAUCCAUCGACGCUCUAUUCGAUCCUCUCAUCGACAGUCUGCUCCGGAAGCAAGACUCUGCCCUUCCACCAGCAGAAAAGCAUCACACCCUGUUGGACGACGAUGCGCAGAUGGACACGGCUCCAGAUGGUACAGGUCCUGUUCGAGUAAAAGCUCGCGAGAUCACCCAGUCGGAGAUCGACUUUUUUGUCGAACUAUUCCGAAGCUCAGUCUUCACGGCCUCUCCUUCCCCUCUGUCGCCCACCUCUCCUAGUAAAGCACAACCCCCGCUUCAUGUUAACGGUAAAUCAAAAGUCAAUGGCUUGACAAACGGUCAUAUCACGGCCAAACCUCCUUCUCCAGUAAUGAAUGGGAUCCACUCGCGUACUCCGAUAAAACACUCAACGGACAUGCGGUCUUCUUCUCCUCCACCGUCACUCCCAACACCGACUAUUGGGAAGAAGCGGAAAAAGGCCCUCAUGUCUUGA